AUGAAAAUCAACCCAACCUCGCAAUGUCUGUCAUUGAUAAUUCGUUCACUGGACCAGAUCAUUCUGCCAGAACUGACCUCUAAAGCCGCAACUUCGGCUGGAGCCCAAAUCAAGCUCCAAUUGGAGGACCUCCUCAAAAGACAGGGAGAAGGAAUGAUGCUUCUGCGGGACCUCAUCGGGAAGGGAAAUGAGCUAGCCGCACGAGCAUCGACACUGCUGGAGGAUCCCUUUAUCGCGCACAGGUCGACCCGUAUCAUCCUUGUCAGCCGACAAGUUGGAGGCUUUGAUGUUCUUGCAGAACAACAUGCUAAACUCACGGCACUGAUCGACGAAGCAUGCCGAAGCCUGUGCCGUCUCACAUCGACUAGCGCUGAAGCUUCCAAGCUCUUGCAGGAGAUGGCCAUCUGGGAAUGGUCAUACUAUGAUGGGAUGGCUGCGGUAAGGCCGAAACUAUUCGAGGAUAGUGACCCCCUUUCAUCCCGGGAGAGAACCCUGCAAGGUCUGCAUCGCAACAACGGUCCGCCCUUGAGUGAAGAGUUUCUGGAGGGCUUCCUCACGCAGCGCCAUGGUCCGACAAAGGUCAGGUCUCUCGGCUUCUUACCGGGUGGUUUUGGGAAGCAGACAUACUUCAGCACCGUAACUUGGCAAGACGGCCGGACCGAAGAACUCGUCAUCAGGAAGAUGGAUCCGGUCCCUAUUAUGCUGCAUCGGCAGUUCCUGCUGGACAGAGAGUUUGAUCUGGUUAGUCUUGUACACAAGACAGGUUUCAUCUGCCCACAGCCUAUGGAUCUAGGAUGGGACGUUCCCGGUGUGGACGGCAACUUCUACACCAUGAAGCGCAUGCGCGGGGAGAUCCCAGGAAGCUUUCUCGAGGGGAAUAAGGAGGCCAUUCCAGAGUCACUGCUGUUGCACUGCGCCGAGCUUCUUGCUCAGCUGCACAAGACGCCCCUGAAACCAUUCCAGGAUCACAUAGAGAGAUUCGACGGCCCAGGCGCGACCAAUGACACGAUCGAACAACGAAUGCGCAGGCAUCUCGGCAGCUGGGACAAGUACCGCGCAGAAACUGAGCUCCUCCCGUCGCCCUUCCAGACUUUCGUGUUCGACUGGCUGCGGCGCAAUGUACCGCGUGACACGCGGUGGCCGGUCCUGCUCCACGGGGACUUUGGCAUACACAAUAUGCUCUCUGUGGGCGACCGCAUCACGGCCGUGUUGGACUGGGAAUGCUCCGACUUUGGGGCCCCGGAGCAGGACCUGGAGUGGAUUCGGCCCAGCGUCUCGGAGCACAUGGACUGGGCCAGGUUCCUCGCGCACUACCACGCGUGCGGCGGGCAGGAGGUGCGCGAGGACGUGAGGGCCUUCUACGGCAUGUGGGGGAUGGCGCGGCCCUUCCUGUCCCUUGGGAGGGCAACUCGGAACCUCCAGACAGGCGCGAAUAAGGACAUUCGAUAUGUCAUGUGUGAAUUGGGCUUCACUGGUGCCUUUUUCAAGAUGAUGCUGGGCGUGAUUGCACCCAAAGAGGAACAGGAGGAAACGCCAGUAAACAGAACCCCAAAGGGAGCUGGCAAUGGCGCGCAAGCCAAGCUAUGA